ACGUUCUAUAGAACGUGUCAGAUAACGCAUUUUUCUUUCUGCCACCGUUGCCGGUUUUUUUAGAAGACGCCUCCCUACCAAAGCCAUGUAAUUUUAGGGUGACGAUUUUAGUAGUUGGCUUAUGAUUUGUAGUCUAUUUCGUUUUCUUCUUUUGUCUUUGUUAUAUUCUUACGUAACCGCUGGUGCUAGUCAAUAGGGCAGCCGGUCUUGUUGCCUAGUGACUGUUUGUUUUUAAGUUGUGUUGACAAACUUCUUCGGUUGCAAGUCUCGCUAUCUGAAGGAAUGGACAGCAGUGUGACGUAAAGCGAAGAUGAAGACGAUUAUAGCUGCCUUACUUGUGAUAGGGAGCAUCCUAGGCAGCGAAGGGCGUCACCACGCCCAUGCAGCAGCCAACGCCUGUGACAGACAGCCCUGUGAGGAAUGGCAGACUUGUGUUAACCACAGAAACGGCUUCAGUUGCUUAUGUCAGGAGGGAUACCAUGGGAGCAGAUGCAACGAAGACGUUGACGAGUGCACGGAGGGGGAGCACACCUGUGACGAACACGCCCUCUGUGCGAACACCUUUGGUUCGUACACCUGCACCUGUACGGACGGCUUCCAUGGAGACGGGAAAGUCUGUAGAGAAAUCGUCUGCCCACAUAUACAAGGGAUAAAAGAUGGCGAGGUGGACAUUGAACGGCCUGCGCCUGCGCACAGUCACGCCACGUUCACGUGUCACCCAGGCCUCCAUCUGGUUGGUCAACACAUACUCACGUGUCAAAACACCGGCAGGUGGAAUUCUAGAAUACCGACAUGCGAGGCUAUUCUGUGCACCCCCCUGGAACCGCUUCCCAACGGCUUGGUCUACCUGUCCCACGACACUGCUUAUGUUGGUGUUCAAGCGGCCUUCCAGUGUAACGAAGGCUUCCACCUGAUUGGCUCAGCACAGAUCACGUGUCAACAGAAUGGCCAAUGGAGCUCACCGGCACCCCAAUGUGAAGUUGUGACCUGCCCCUCCCCCGGGUUGCUGGUGAAUGGAGACGUCCAGGCACCGCAUCCAGCCAGAGUGCAUUCUACGGCCGCCUUUAGGUGUAACCAAGGCUUCGAUCUGGUUGGUCUGCCGGUGAUCGCUUGUGGAGAGGACGGGAGGUGGAAUGGACCGCCUCCAGUCUGCACAGCGACUCUGUGCCCUCCCCUGAUUGCACCAGUGGACGGGGAGAUGUUACCGCCAGAAGAAAACGUCUACGGCAGCAUGGCCAAGUUCAGGUGCAGGCCUGGCUUCAACAUGGUUGGUCAAGCGACGAUCUCGUGUCUGACAAGCGGAAAAUGGAGCGCACCCGAGCCGACUUGCGAUGAUGUCAACGAAUGCUUAAACAACGUGAACUGCGAAGGCAAGACGCAGCAGGAAUGUGCCACUCUGAAAAGGGGAGGUAAUGGUUAUAACAUCUGUUCUCCACAAGCUGACUGCAUCAACACGAUCGGAUCGUACCACUGUGAAUGUAAAGAUGGGUACGUUGGCGAUGGCAUGCACUGUGAAGAUAUAGACGAAUGUGCAGAGCAAGAGCACCCCUGCCACAACCGGGCCACGUGUAUCAACAUGCCCGGUGGUUUCAGCUGCACCUGCGUGUACGACAAGAACAAGGGACAAGGUUGUCUUGAAACUCCAGGGUACCAAGAGCCAUCACCCGUGCAGUCACAUGACUACGACGGUGACCACGGUCAUCUCCAUGGAAACGAUCAUCUCCAUGGAAACGAUCAUCCCCAUGACGUGAGAGGAGUUGAGGCAGACUACAGCAACUUCGAUGUUCAUGGGAACGGUGCGGGCUUCGGUCACCAUGGUAACCAAAUCAACAAUGGCUUCGGUCACCAAAUCAACAAUGGCGUCGGUCACCAAAUCAACAAUGUCGCCGGUCGUCACUUCAAGAAAAGGUCCGCAAAACUUCUGACGCGAAAGACGAACAGAAUGAAAAGAGAGGUGAGCGAAAGUGAAAGUGACCAAAACACAAAUAAUGUAGGUGAAAAUGACGGCAACAACAACAUCAAUGACAUUUCUGACAGCAGUAAUGUCAUUUACCACUCCUUCCAAUCGCAAAGCAGUUCACAGGGACCUUUGAACGAGGGCGAAAACAUCGAGAGUCAUGGAAACGGCCAUGAUACAACACAUGACAAUCCUAGAGAGCAAGUAAUCGGGCAACUACAGGAGCGCAUACAUGCCAUCAGGGACCGUUUGCAAGAAGAGCAUCCCCAAGCGGAAGAGACUGGCAGUAACCAUGACUACCACAGUCCCUCACAGGAACAAACCGGAAGUGACGGCUACCACGGGCCCUCACAGGUACAGACCGGAAGUGACGGCUACCAUGGGCCCUCACAGGAUCAGACCGGAAGUGACGGCUACCAUGGGCCCUCACAGGUACAGACCGGAAGUGACGGCUACCAUGGGCCCUCACAGGUACAGACCGGAAGUGACGGCUACCACGGGCCCUCACAGGUACAGACCGGAAGUGACGGCUACCAUGGGCCCUCACAGGAACAAAUCGGAGGUGACGGCUACCACGGGCCCUCACAGGAACAAAUCGGAAGUGACGGCUACCAUGGGCCCUCACAGGAACAAAUCGGAAGUGACGGCUACCAUGGGCCCUCACAGGAACAGACGGGAAGUGACGGCUACCACGGGCCCUCACAGGAACACACCGGAAGUGACGGCUACCACGGGCCCUCACAGGAACAAAUCGGAAGAGACGGCUACCACGGGCCCUCACAGGAACAGACCGGAAAUCACGACAACAACGUUAGUCCCUCACAGGGACAGACCGGAAGUGAGCAGGUAAAUGCGGGUGGCGGGAACGAUCGCGGAUGGAAUGACUACAUGACGCACGAUGAAUAUUAUAACCCUGAUUACGCGGACUAUGAGCAUGUAGACGAGUCGGACGAUUCUAUCGGGCUUACAACAGCGCAAGCCGGAGAGGCUGUGACAGUGUUGACAGGGGGAACACCAUUGGAGGAUCGCCAUGCGGUAUAUGGUAUUGCCGGAUCCACUCGAGAGAUCCCGUGUGUACCGGUGGGACAGAGAGGCGCGCCUGAUGGCGUCCCUGAUCCGAACUACAGGUGGACAUACGGAAAACACCGGAAGAUUUCAGGACCCAGGUACGAGUUGGCCGAUUCAGGAGCGCUAACCAUAUCCAAACUGAUGGCUAGCGACUCUGGCACCUACCACUGUCACCUGCAGUACCAGGAAAUGGCCAGUGGGAAAGCUCGUACUCAUACUAUGGACCUCAAGCACAAAGUCCGGGUUGGACAUCUCGUCAAGUACGGCUAUUCCCUCAAAGUCUCCUACACAGCGACGUCUUGUGGAAAGUCCCUUGCCGCCGAAUCAGAACGCAUCUCUGACGUUUUGAACCAAAUCUGCGAGAAGCACAGUUGUACCGUGGUGAAUUUAACCAUGUCGUGCACCCAUAACCAACAACUGGGGGAUCUCUACAACCUGAAAUACUCAUCUCAUCUUCUCACCAUUACAUAUGGACUUUUCAGGGAAGAAGAUUGCAAUGUCGUCCAUUUGCUUCAGAACCGAGAAAAUGCCUGUCAACUUACAAAGAUCCUGGACGUCCUUGACAUGACAUUGGGUACAGAGUUGAGUGAGUUGACCACCUCCAUUGAACCCAGUGAGAACGUGUUGACCAGGGUGCUGUGGUGUAAGGCCGGGUACGGACUGAACUACGAUGCGCAUAAGACCGUUAGAGGUUUAUGUGGGGCGUGCGCACCACUACACUACAGCCCAGACUGGGACUGGCACUGCCACCCGUGCCCACCUGGGGAGUACCAGCCAGCACAUGGCGCACACAGCUGCCGCAGGUGCCCACCUGGUACUGUCAACACACGUGUGGACAGGAAUGGCACCGCUAUCGGACUGGAAUGUUAUGAUGAAGACACCAUGACUAUUGUUGUUAUCAUCGUCUGUGCCACCGCUGGGUUUGUGGUCUUGGCCGUCGUCGUUCCUUGCGUAAUUCUAAGGCUCAUCUACAGAUCAACGUACGACAAAGUACAGAAGAAGCUCUUACGAGACUGCGAUAACCUGAAGACCCUGCUAACAAUGCCUUUCAAAAAACCAAAGGUGGACGUAAAACUCGAACCCGCCCAGGAAGACACGAAUGUCAACGACAUUCUCUCUCAAUACGGCAGCAGAUCAAGCAUGAAGAAGAAAAGCAAGGCAAGUGUAAAGAAAGCCAGCAGUAGAAGGCUGUCGGUGUCGAAGAGUGGCAGCUCUGUCAUUCGCACAGAGGAGACAGCCUCAGAGAGGAAGAUGUCCUUCAUUCCAUCAGAUGUGCCUCUUCCCCAGCAAACGCAGUCUACAGGAGUGGUGCCGUCACUCUCCGUGAAGCGUCUGGCAUCACGCCACUCGAGCAAAGUGCUUGGCCCUAGAAGGAGCAGCAUGUCAUCUCGGGGCAGCAGGAUGACACUUCCUCCCGCACCCUCAAUAGACAUGGCUUCCCUUGUGCCGUCAGAGGCGAGCCUUCCUCCUCCGCCGAGUGGCCCACUCCCUCCACCUGGCGGACCUGCACCUCCACCUGGCCCCAGCGAUGGACCCCUACCUCCACCUGGCCCACCUGGUGGACCUGCACCUCCACCCGGCCCAAGCGAUGGACCCCCAGCUGCACCUCCUGGCCUUGGUGGUGGGCCCCCUCCUCCCCCUCCAUAGAAGUGUAACCAACAUGCAUCUGACAAUGCAUCAACUGCCACACAACAUCACCAUUCAACAGAAUCAUUCACACAACAACAUAUAGUCCAGCUCGCUUGUAUCAUUUUCAGUUCAUGAAAAUAAUGACAGAAAACAUUUCUGUAAAGCUUCUCACUCCAUGUUACACCAUUCAUGACAAACAAUAAUACAAGCUCUCAGUUUUUGCUGGAUGUAUCUGCAUUAGUACAAUACUACUAUGGACAAUACAAACAUUGGGGACCC